GCAAUUAAAAUGAGCGAAACAAAUGGAAAGAUCAAAUAUAUGGUAGCGGAUACCACAGCAUUCAUCAAUGCAGUUCCCCUGAAUGAAUACGCCGAGAGUGUUCUUACUGUGCCCGAUGUGGUGGCCGAGGUGCGCAAUAAACGCCAGAUACGUCGCCUCUGUGUGCUGCCGUUUGGCCUGGAGGUGCGUGAACCGCGACCCGAAAGCGUCAAGCACUGUGUGGAGUUCGCCAAGAAGACGGGCGACUAUGCCAGCCUCUCUGGCAUCGAUCUGAAGGUUAUCGCGCUCUCGUACGAACUGGAGAGCGACAAUGUGGGCACAGAGCAUCUGCGCAAAGAGCCAGUGAUGGCCCAGACCAUUGCCUCCAAGGAGGAGCCCAAGGAAAUGCAGGAGGCCAACAAUAAGCGUCUUGUGGGCUGGUACAUGCCCGAAGGCGAAGAAGGGGAAGGCGAAGAAGGGGAAGGCGAUGAGGACGACGAUGAUGAAGAUGUUGAGGAUGUGGAUGAGGAUGUAGAUAAGGACAAGUCUGUAGAUAACGUAAAAGCUGCCAUUGAGGCUCAGAUCAACGGACUGGCGCUGCCCACCGAAAAUCCCCCCGAGACAAAGGAUGAUGACAUCUCCGAGGAGGACCUGAAGAAGCUGCUGGAGCAAUUGAGCUGUGAUUCCGACGCCCCGGAGUACGAUCUCCUUGUGGCCCAGGCCCAUACAGAAGAGGAUGAAACGGAGCAAGAACCGGAACAGCAAUCCUCCAACAGCAAUCAGGACGAUGACGUCGGCGACGACGGCUGGAUCACCCACUCGAACAUCAGGAGCGCCAAGAAGGCACUCGAGGGCAAGGUGGAGUCCGAUGCGGUGCCCUUGGUGGCCUGCAUGACCACAGAUUAUGCCAUUCAGAAUGUGCUCAAGCAAAUGAAUCUGAACUUGGCCGCCCUCAAUGGGCGCAUCAUCAAGCAGCUGCGCACGUAUAUCCUCCGCUGCUACGCCUGCUUCAAGACCACCAGCAUCAUGACCAAAGUCUUCUGUCCGAACUGCGGCAACAAGACGCUCAAGCGCGUCGCCGUCAGCCUGGAUGAGAACGGGAAGCAGGUGAUCCACAUCAAUACGCGUCGCCCCCUGACGUCCAAGUACAAGAACCAGAGCCUGCCCAAAUUCCAAGGCGGCAAGCAUUCGCGGAAUCCCAUUCUAUUCGAGGACCAGCCCAUGCCGCGCCAAAUGCCAUCGCGCGUGGCCAAAACGAAGACCAAUGCCAUGGACGAGGACUACAUAGCGGGCUACUCGCCAUUCGUCCUCCGCGACGUCGACUCCAAGUCGGCCAUGCUCCGCUCCAAGGGCAAUCUGAAGGAGUGGGCGCGAAACAACAACUUUGAGGAAGAUCGUCGUCGCAAGCACUACAAUCGUCUCUACAAAUAGGGGGGGAUCAGGGUCGGGGUGUCAGGGAGGGGUCCAUAGCAUAAGCUUUCCAUUAAUCCGUGUAAUCUGUGUUU